AUGUCUGCGAAAGCCUCAGUUUCCAUGCUGUUCAGCAUCCUCUCGCUGUGCUUGCUGGGCACUGCAGCACCUGCCUCCCGCUCGAUGUGCACCGAGGACAACAUGAUGGUGCGGAAAGAAUGGUCGAAUCUGACUCUGGCGGAGCGGGUGGCUUAUACGGAUGCGGUAACCUGCCUGCAGAAUCUGCCAUCGAAGCUGGACAGCACGGAGUAUCCGGGGGCCAAGAACCGGUACGCCGAUUUUAUCGCCACUCACAUCAAUUACACCUUCGUGAUGCACCUCGAUGCCCUGUUCUUGCCAUGGCAUCGCGGGUACGUGUGGCUCUACGAGGCUGCGCUUCGCGAAGAGUGCGGCUACGAGGGGGCGCAACCCUACUGGAACUGGCCGGCCUACGCAGGCCCGGACGGGACGUUGGCCAAUUCGACCAUCUUCGAUGGUAGCGAGUAUUCACUGGGCAGCAAUGGGCGAGCCAAUGAUUCGUGCGUCUACAAGGGCCCGUUUGCGAACUACACGUCUCCGUACCCUUCCUUCCCGCAAUCAAUCAUCACAGAUAACAUCCAGAACAAUGGCAGCGGCACCAUCCCCAGUUGGUCUUUCGACUAUGAGCCCUCAUGCUUCCAGCGCGGCCUCAGUGACGAGGCCCUACGCGUGAACAACAACUACAGCUGUAUCGACACUCUCCUGGCGCAGCCCACCAUCGGCGACUUCCAGAACUAUCUCUCCACGCCGGAAGGUGAUUCUCACUACGGUCCUCACGGCGGUGGUCAUGUCGCCAUGGGUGGCAACGGAGCGGACCUGUUCACCAGUCCCACCGAUCCGGUGUUCUUCUUGCAUCAUGCGCAGGUCGACCACAUGUGGUGGACGUGGCAGACGAUGGAUCUCGACACCCGGCGGUACGCCCUGAAUGGGACCAUGACCCUGGAGAAUGUCCCUCCCUCUCGCGAACUCACCCUCGAGGACCUGCUCACCUGGGGCCCCUUGAGCCAGGACCGGACCACUCGGUCCUUGAUGGACAUUCAAGCAGAGCCAUUUUGUUACCGAUACGAGUGA